AUGAUCAGUUCCAGUAAAAAACCAACAAAAGAAGCCAUCUCCAAAUUACUGGACUCGUACAAGAAGGGAGAAGAUCCCGUUCUUCGAUCGUUCCAUAUCCUCGCAUUUAGUGCUGAUGAAAUGGAGAUUGAUCUCAAUGUUGAUUAUUUCGGAAUCAAAGAAUUUGUUUGUAAAAUUGUUAGAGUUUCGGAAGACUUGUUGUGUGUAUCUCAUGAUGGCAAAGAGGACUAUGUUGAAAUAUUAUCAGCAUCAUCAUCUUCAGAAAAAUCAGCUCUUGAGUACUCGUUAGAAAAAGUGAUGGAAACACUAGUGCAAGGACGAGAAGAUUUCUUGCUGAAUGAAGUCGGAACACCAACUCCUACUACUGCAAAAGGAAGUCAAAAAGUUUUUGAUGAUGUGGACGAAGAUGGCAUGGAAGUUGGUUUUGAUGACGGUGAGCUUCAAGAUGCUCUCACGUGUCAUGUGAAUGAUGCCAAAGCGUAUUAUGACUCUAAAUUUGUGACACUUAUUGGUCAGAUUUAUAAUGUGAGAUUGCAAAUAGUUGCUGAUGACUUGUCCAAAGAAAUGAAAAAGGAGUACAGAAUCAAAAGUGAAGACAUGUGGCACACCAUGUCUGUAAAUUUUGCUCCAGACUAUCUCUCACACGAUGUGCCACCUCGAGUGCAAUACAAACCUGAAAUUGUUACAGAAAAAAGCGGGUUUGCUGAGCAAAUGGAGCAUAUCCUGUCAAAGUUUGUAGACAUGCGUUGGGCACAACUUCGUCAAGACAAAACCCUCAAAUUUGGUGCUGGUGAUCUGAAAUUAGCAAAUUAUAAUUCUAACACUUCUAAAAGUGACCGAAAGAAAGCAGUUCAACAACUUGUCAAAGAAAAGAAAAUUAAUUUGGCCAAGGCUCUUGCUCUCUACUACAGCAAUAUGAAGCCAGAGACUGCUGAUGAAUUGUUGACAGAAUGCGGAUAUGUACAACACAACAAUUAUAGUUAUGAUAAGGCAUUAGUUAGUGACAACGAACCAAAUGUGAAUUUUAUUUUAGAAAUGUUGACCUACUUAUUUUUGAGAAUUCCUACUUGUCAUAAGUUCUGUUGCAAUUGUGACGAUCAUAUUGAUUGCUAUGACAUGUUGUCUACUGAACAUCGAAAGCCAAUUAUUUGUACUCGAUUCAAAUGUCAAUUUGAGUAUAUCGAGCUUGGAGUUUGUAAUACCAUCCCUAUAUCUAUUUGCCCAUCCUCAAUUCAUACUGAUAUUAAUGAGAAUGGUGAUGUUGUUGAUAUCAUGAUCAGCAUGUCAUACUCGGCAGCAACAAGUUCCAGAAGAGAUAUUAUUUUUGACCCAUUCCCAGAGAUGUUUAACACUUCUAGUUCAUCCAAAAAUUAUGACGCGGUUGUGAAGGCACUCGAUUUAAUCCCAUCCGUUGCUCAAAUGAAGGAACAUUGUGAAACAGAGAGUGACAUUAAGAAAUUUUUGCAUCCAAAUGCAUAUCAAAUACUCAAAUGGUUAUUGAGUACAAAUAGAUGUGCACUUGUCAGAAUGCCGGAAAAGAAGAGAAUUAAGGAAAUGCAAACCGAUUAUCAGUAUAUUAUGAUGAUGGACAAUCCUGAGAAGGCUGCUACGUUUGCACAAAACAGAAAGAAGUAUGGUUCAUAUUGGGCUUUCCAUGGUUCUGCAGUCGAGAAUUUCCACAGCAUCUUGAGAAAGGGGCUUGUAAAUGCUUCAAAUACCAAACUUAUGACUACAGGCGCAGCUUAUGGACCUGGAAUUUAUAUGGCUCGUGAAUCAAGCACAAGCUUUGGUUAUUCUCGUGUUGGUUCAUCAUGGAGUAAAUCUCAAUUCGUGAACUCGAAUACCUUGCGUUGCAUCAUGAUUUGCGAAGUUGUUAAAGCACCAGGUGUUCCAACUGUUGCAUCUCCUUAUUAUGUCGUGAAAGAAGCAGAACAUGUCACUACAAGAUUCUUCUUAUUCUAUCCUUCUACAAGUGUGAACGUGAACAUUAUUGCUGAUGACAUUAAGUGCUUGAAUGAUUUUAUCAAAUAA